AUGACCUCCGAUAAACAAAACAAUGGCCCUCUCGCCAAACCUUUCACGCCAACGCUCAGUGCUGCUUUCAAUCGAACCAGCAAAUCUCCCUUGACGCCCAAGCUCGCUAAUCCCGGUGGUUAUCGCACUCCCAAGAGGCUUGCCCCCUCCGAACACCCCUCUUCGACUCCCGAUGCCGAGACCGCCUCCUUCCUCAGUGUGAACAUCACCCCUCGAUCAGGUUCACGCAAUAGCAGACGUGAUGGAUUUCCGUCCCCGAGCAAUGCACCAUCCAGCGUACAGUCAUCGCCGCAAGUACAGUAUUCGCAUGCAGGUGUCGCCCAUGUUGCGAGCUCAGGGGGAUACAGAACGGAGCGGAGUCCCGCCCGCUCGAACGGGAAGUUGGAACCGUCCAGAGGGAAUCGAGCAAGGACCCUGACGACAGAACGUCCAAAUACUCCGCGGCCGAAUUCUUAUUCCGACUCUUCCACUUCACGAAUGUUCUUUCAUGCCUAUGAUGCGCGGUCUCCGAAUUCUUCCGAGGUGGACAUCCGAUCCAAACAACUAAGCAAACCAUCCUCGCCUGCUGCGUUUGUAUAUGCCAAUGGAGAACACGAGGAACCCACUCAAGGCGAGGAGGCAAAUAUCACAGCUCCGACGGUCAAGCGGCGAUCGAUAGGCUCGUCUCGUCCUGCGUUGGCACCAAAAGCUCUCCCAGCUGCUUCGCCCCGGUUACGGCCAGCUAAGCUCGCUGACUCCGCGGCGAGACUUUCGGACGCUACUUCACAAGUCAGCUCACAGCGUGAUGACAUUUCCGAGGUUAGCUCUCAAGCUCAUAGCUCAUUCUCGGGCGCUUUUCCCGCAAGGCCACCUAUUCCGGCCGUCAGGCACAUCAAAUCAUCAAGUCUCGAUUCUGCCAGCAGCAGUGUCCAUCCCAAGGAAGGUCUGAAGCCAAGCCCGAUUAUCGUAUCCACGGUCGAAUCGCCGGUAGAAGCGGAAUGUGCUGCAUCCGAUUCGAUGCCGGGGCUCAGGCCUCGAAUUCUCAGCAAUGGAUCUAUGACUUCGGUAGACACUCAUCUUUCAGCAGCUGCACAGAGUCCGGUGAAGUCGGAUACCGGACAGGCAAACAACGACGUCGUUCUCAAUGCGCGAAUUGAGAGGAAGAUCCUUGACUUGGAAAUCAGCAACUCAUCUUUACUUGCCAUCAAUCGUACCCUAGAGCGGGAGAUGCGCAAGCAGAAUGCAGAGUUGCGAAGAUAUCGCCGUCUGAGUCGCUCCGGCCGUUUGUCCAUGGCGCCAUCUACACGAUCCUUCUCCGGAACUUCGUUAGGGACAACUAACGAAUUGGACGAGGAAGCAAGCGAACUCUCGUCUAUUCGCUCUCCGGAGGAACUAUCCGACUAUAGUGAUGAGGAUUCCACCCUGGACGAGGGUGUUGUCAGCCCCGAUUCGCUUGCUGAUCACGAUGCGAGACAUCGGGUCAAAGAUGAGAAGCGGUUCUUCAUCGACCUUGCGAAGCACCAGGAAUUGCUGGCUGACAGUCAGAAAAUAAAUCAAAGCCUCAAACGAUGUCUCGGGUGGACAGAGGAGCUAAUCAAAGAAGGCAAGAAGGCUCUCGAAUAUAGCGUGCAUGUCAACGACGUACAGCUUGGCGGACGUGUCCUCACACCGGACGAGCUGCAUGAGGAGGCAGAAAGAGCCCGUGCACUGUUGAGUCCUGUUGCUGAGCCUCUUGAUCCUUUGUCGGCAUCUCAGGAGUUGGAAUCUCUAAUGGAGAUGCUUGACAAUGAGGGCUACUAA